AUGAACGUGUCAUCUGCCAAUGUGACCGUGGUUAUAGAGUACCGGGAUUCCUUCUCCAAAGCUGUAGUCAAGAAUAUGAUCGUUGUGGUCCUCGGCAUCUCCAUCAACUACAUCAAUGCUGCGCUCAUUCAAACCUUUCGCAAGCACCAGAUCUUCUACAUGAAUCCACGGUACAUCCUUUUCAUCCACCUGGUGAUCAACGAUAUGAUCCAGGUGACGCUGACCGUCCUACUGUUCCUCAUCAGCUACACCCUCUACAAAAUACACAUCUCUGUCUGCUGCUCCAUCAUCCUGAUAGCGCUCUUCACCACUGAGAACACCCCUCUGAAUCUGGCCUGCAUGGCCGUGGAGUGCUACGUCGCCAUCUGCAUCCCCCUUCGCCACAGUCAGAUCUGCACCGUCAAAAGAGUGCUAAUGUUGAUUGGUUUAAUUUGGGCGACCACCGUCUUGUCCGUCCUUCCUGAUCUUUUCGUCACUGUGGCCACAGAGCCCCUGGAGUACUUCAGUUCCUACGUGUUCUGCCUCAGGGAAACUGCCUUUCCAAAUCCCCACCUCACCAAGAAGAGGGACAUUACAUAUAUUGUGUAUCUGGUCAUGGUUUGGUUUGUUAUAUUUUACACAUACUUCAAAAUUGUGUUCACCGCAAAAUCAGCAAGCGGGGAUGCUAAGAAAGCCCGAAACACAAUCCUCCUCCAUGGCUUUCAGGUGUUAUUGUGUAUGACAGCUUAUACAAUACCCUUUGUGUUAACAGCCGUGCAGCAAUGGUUCCCAAAGAAUUUUUCAGAUGUCUUAUUUGCUUUUUAUAUCACUGUCCAGGUACUGCCACGAUCAAUCAGUCCGAUCAUCUACGGCAUAAGAGACAAAACUUAUAGGAAGUACCUGAAAAGGCACAUGUUCUGCAGAGUAAGGUCACAUCGCUUUUGACAUUUUAAGCUAGGUAUCUUUUUUUGCCUCACAUCUAAAAACAUUUCUCUCCUUUUACAUUGGACAGAAAUUCUGGCAAAUAUCAAGUUUAACUAAUAAUCCGUGAAGGUCAGGGCUGGGUUUAGAUUCCAACACUUACAA